CAGCCCUGAGGGUUACAGGAAGUUGUAGCUGCCAUGUUUAGCUGCUUUGUUGUAGAUUCCUUGUAGGUUUCCUGCAGAUUUUAAGUGUUGCAAUGGAACCGAGCUGGAGUACGUUUUUAUUCCAACAGGCCAACGAGGCCCUGCAUCACCAGCACCAAGUGGCCGGGAACAGCCUCCUGCCUCUUCUCAACUCUGGAACAGAGCCGCCUGAUCAAAAACCAGUGCUGCCCAUCCCCUUGGACCAGAAGCCGCCAGUCAGCGCUGCAGAGCUCCUUAAAGAUAAUGUGGCCAGCGGAACUGGGGGAGGGGGUGGAGGUGGUGGAGGGCCUCCUGUUGCUGUGGUCAAGAAGGAACCUAAAUCCAAGACGCCCUUCAUCUGCGGCUACUGCAACAAGGCCUUCCGAGACAGUUACCACCUGCGGCGGCACGAGUCCUGCCACACUGGCAUCAAGAUGGUGUCGCGGCCCAAGAAGACACAAACAGCCCCCACUAUGGUGCCGCUCAUCUCCACUGUACCCCGGGAAAACAGCGGCAACCCCUCAUACAUCUCUACUGUGGCUGGCAUCCUGACUACAGCCACUACCUCCACAUCCACAGGCACUAGCAUCAUGACGCCCAUGCAGCACCAACAGCAGCAGAGCAUCCCCAAGAAGCCCCCGAAGCCGGUGAAAAAGAAUCACGGGUGCGACAUGUGCGGCAAGGCCUUCCGCGACGUCUACCACCUCAACCGCCACAAGCUGUCGCAUUCCGACGAGAAGCCGUUUGAAUGUCCGAUCUGCCAGCAGAGGUUCAAGAGGAAGGAUCGCAUGACGUACCACGUUCGUUCCCACGACGGCGGCGUUCACAAGCCUUACAUCUGCUCCGUUUGCGGGAAGGGCUUCUCCAGGCCUGACCACCUAAGCUGUCACGUCAAGCAUGUUCAUUCCUCAGAGAGGCCAUUCAAGUGCCAAGUAACGGCCUGUACCUCAGCCUUCGCCACCAAAGACCGUCUGCGCUCCCACAUGAUCAGGCAUGAAGGCAAAGUGACCUGCAACAUUUGCGGCAAGAUGCUGAGUGCUGCCUACAUCACAAGUCACCUCAAGACGCACGGCCAGGCCAGCUUCAACAGCCCAUGUAAUAACAAAGGCAUAAGUGACUGGCAGUGGAACCACUCAGGGCCACGAAAAGGUGAGUUGACGGUAGGAGAGAUUUUAAAUAACUCCUUCCAAGUCCUAAUUGACAACUCGCGCACCCAAGAUGCCAACAACGUACACAACUCAGCCUCCGCCACACCAGUCACCAACUCGGCAGCCAUCACCUCAGCCGUGAACCGCGGCGCCAACGCCAGCAAUCCGGUCACCAUCGCCGCUCAGAUGAACAUCACCACCAGCACAGUCAACAUCACCUCGCCGGUCAACCUGCAGCACCCAGUCACCAUCACCGGCCCUGUAAACCUGGCCUCUGUCAAUAUCCCCACAACGGCGCACAUGAAUAUCGCCCACCCGGUGGCCAUCACCACCCCGAUGCCCAUGAAUAUCACCGGGCCGCUCAACAUCGCCAUGAGGCCCAUGGAGAGCAUGCCUUUUCUAUCCCAAGUCCUGCCUUCCUCCCCUCCCUGGUAGAGAUUUUAUAAGCCCCUGUAGCAACUGAUAAUGCAAUUCCUGUCUGAUCAUUUCAAAGACCAUACCAGUGAUUCUGCAUGUUUUGCAUAAUAUCUACAAAAUGUACAAACUUCACAUUUUUGCUAAUCUUUACAUAAAGCAGUUGUGUUUUACAACUCUGAUCGCAUUUUUCCUACCUUUUAUCCAGCCACUGGUUUCCAUUCAUUCCGCUACGAUAUGAAAAUGAAUUUUCAGAGACUUCAAACUUUCUUCACAACAGUGUUCCAUCACUGUAAUAAAGUCCUCCACAUUAGUUUUCCUAAAAGCAGCAGCACUGUUGAUUUUUGAUGACUUGAAACUGGACGGCAUGAAACACUCUCUCCACCAGAAAAUAGUCCCCGUGUCAAAAUUUGCUUUGCACCGUCAAUUAUCAGUUCCGUGGUUUAUGAAUGAAUAUCGUUAGGCCAAAUAUUCAAAUCACUGGUAUGGUCCUGUUUUAAGAGCUUGUCAGAAUGUAAUCAAAUCUGCUAAAUGGGUUGAAAAUGUAAUAAUACCUCUCAAACUGAUUUAUAUAAUACCUACAUAAUGUAAAUGUAAUGGGGGUUUGAACGGUGACAGCAAUUUUUGGUGUUGAUAUUCAGUGUCUUCCUCCCAUACUCCCCACAGAAUUAAAGCUCUGAAACUGAAUUUAGACCAUCAUGGGCUGCUAAAACUCUCCAUUGAAAUUCAGGAUAUUAAUAGCAGCUGGCUAUUUAUGGCACAUUGAUCCACUACACCUAUUCAGUGGAAAGGGGAGACUAAGAUAAUUACUGAAUUACUUAAUGAACUCCUGACUUAAUUAACUUACAAAGACAUUAUUAAAGACUUUAGUGUAGGAAUGAGACUUUUUCUGUACCUGUGGUUAGGGAGGAGCCUCCACAUCAGAGGUGGGUGAUAUGACUGGUGGUUGAUGAAUGAUAUUUAAUGUAAGGCCAAGAUUUUCUAUGUAUUGUCUAGCCCAAAUUAUCACCUACUCAGCCAUUGAAUUAUCACAUUCUGGUUAAAAAAUUAAAUUUUCAACCCAUAAAGAGGAAUAUUUCAAUGGUUUAACAAGUGAUAAAAUGAUCCGGCAUGUCAUUAUCAGUUGCUGCCCUUUGCGUAGUGCCCACCCCUGUUUUGUUCCUGUUUACCCUCAUCUCAGCCCUGCUCCAGCUUCAGUAUUUUGUUGUAGUUCUACAGGAAGUAGAGGGUGAGCCAGCUCAUUGCAGAGUGGCAAUCCUUUGCAGACUCCCCUUUGUUUUUUUUUUUUUUGUUUUUUUUUUCUUUUCUGAUUCUUUAGUUUCUCUUCAGCCACUGAAGGACAGUUUCAGGCUUGUAAAAGUCACCAGUUGGAUGUUUGACUUCAAACAUGGGUGAUGUGUGACAACUUACUGUACUUUAGGCAUUGGAAACAAAAUCUACAAACAGAAGUGUGUUGCUGGUAUUGUUCUUAUAUGCUCUCCUAUUGAGCAGAUUUUGUUUUAUAUUCUUUUUUUUUUUCUAUUUGUUAUUUUAGCUGACUUAUCAGUAUUUAAUAGUUUUAUGUAUUUUAAAGACUAAAAGUACAACAAAAGGGACAAAGGCUUCCAUUUCUGGGGAGGGUAAGUGAUAUUUUGGAAUAUUUUGCUGAUGGGGAGACGGUUCAGAGGCAAUUUGGAUGUAUUGUACACAAAUGCUUUUGACCACUAACCCUCCCCAUGUCUCUUCUCCACCUUAAAAUUGCUGGAAAAACAGACACUCCUCACUGCUGGAUACUGUAUACUGUAUGUUUGAUUUCUGUGACAUUUUGUUUUGGAAAUUUUGUAUGUAUUUAAAUGAGGACAUAACAGAUCAAGGUACAGGAAAAACAAGGAGGAAAUGUCUUGUACUGAAAGCAUGUCCCCUUGGCUAAUGCCCUGAAAACGGCAGUAUUAUCAAAGGUCAAAUAAUUAUAAGUUUUGAUUACUGAAGACAUUUUUUUAUGUAGAGGUCAAGAGAGCCACCUAGUGGCUGAGAAGACACUAUGCUCUAAAGCGGUCCCAAAGUUAACUUUUGUGCUAUAUUUUGUUGAUUAGAUGUUUUAGUUUUCUUAGAAUAAUUUAUCCCCCUUUUAUCUCUCACAGGUUUAGGAUCCCAUCGCUGUCAGUCUCGACUCAGGAAGCUUACUGAGAAUAGUCUUUUAAAACCAAUUUACACACUCUGACCCUUUCUUUGUAAAUAUGAAACACUAUUUUAUUGCCUUUACCUGUGGGAGAGGGAACCUAGCUGCCACAGGUUAGCAAUGCAAGUACUUUAUCACCACUGAUGUGGCCGUCCAUGCCUGAGAGGAGAGCAAGAUGCUCUGAGAUACUUUAAGCUGAGUUUUCUCCGUAGAUCUCACUAGCAUAACAGCUCUGGGUGUUUUUUAUCCUGGCAGCUUUUCAUUACUGGAGAACUAAGGCUGUGAUCACAUAGGACGCUUGUUGUUUUCUCUCUUUCUGAAACACAAAAUGCAGCCGCGAGCAUCACCAGUAACACAGAGCAAAAAGUCAAAGGGGAAGAGGAUCAUUACAUCAUUGUUGCUAUGCCACACAAAACUUGACAACGUGAAAGUUAACUGAUUAGCAAUAGCUGGUUAGCCUGAAAUUACAGGAUCACAUUGGAAAUGGACAAGAGGAAGUUGUGCUUGCACUUGAGGAGGAUGAGGAGCCCAUUCUUAAAAGGAACAGACCACUGGCUGAUAGGAUGUGAUACCGUCACGAUAUUUUAUCCAUGAUAGCGAUGGUAUCAUGAUACAGGUGAUUCUGUGACAUGUAAGAAACUGUGAUACAUCACGAUAUAAUACUUUAUUGAUCCCCAAAAGAAAAUUGGGUAUACUUGGUAAAAUACCAUGAAGUAGGCAAAAUAAUUUUUCAAUAAGCAAGAAUCAGUUGUGGUUUUCAGUGUUUUAAUCUGCACAGCGAGCAACACGAACAUGACAGAACAGUUUCAGUUACAAUACCUAAAGGCAGGAACAAAUACACCUCAAAGGAACUCAAAUGUGCAAUCUGUGCAAAUUAAGAAUUCAAAUAUCCGUACAUGGUGCACGUGUUAUCAAUAACAAGCUACAAGAGAAGGUAUUGUGAUAUUUGGCUUUAUCGAUGUAUUGGUCCUCCCCUACUUGUCAUGUCCAAGAACGCCGCCAAGGUAGUACUUGUUUCACAAAGUAUUGGCAAGAGUUGAGACAUGUUCACUUUGAAGGCAGUACUACAAAGACAGGUACCAAAAAAAAAAAAAGUGUCCUAUGUGAUCAUAGCCCCAAACUGUUCUGUGUCCAGUUUCCCGAUCAUGGCGUUCCCUGGCUUUAUAUGUGUCGGGAAACAGAACUGAUUAAGAACGAAAAUGCGCGGGGGGGGGCAUCGUCCAAAUGCACCGGAGGAAAGUCAUAGCUUCUAGACGUGAAGCCAGUUUUCAGUGAAAGGCCUUUCUCAGUUCAGGGACUCUGAAGCACUUGCAGCAAACUGUAGUAUGUGCACACUGCAGAAGAGUGGUACUUGGUGGGGCAUUUCGGUUUGGUGGAACGAGACAAUGAUGGGUGUGGAAGAUAUAUCUGGCCUUACGGUUCACCUGCCCAUGUCUGCUUUUUUUUUUGGCAGCCAAGGUGUUUGAGGCCUUUGAUAGUAUUGUAUGCAUGCCAACACUGUCCUCCAAGGGAAUUGCUCAAAUGUGGAAUGGCAUUAUGAUCUUGGAAAACGGAUUCCCUUCCCAUCAGUUUUUUAAUGUUGCAUGUGGACGACUGAGCUCGUCCAGUAUAGGAUUGAGUUCAAAAACUGUCAUUAGAAGGCUAGUGACUUUUUUUUUUUUUUUUAAUCGAAACAAAACACUAAAAAAAAUUAGGUUGAAAGAAAGCGUGUGGUGUCAUUUGUCCUUCUCCAGUGGCCGUAACAAGUGUGCCUGAACUACUUUGCAAGACUUUUCCACACUUCGAUGCUUCCUCCUCUAGAUGUGCUGUGUGAUGGAGUUGUUUUGUGAAGGAAGCCUUCAUCGACCCAGAUGGCCAUGGGCCCCAACCGGGCCUGGCAACCAAACUAUGUUCCGAUCAGUUUGUUCUCCUUUCGUUUGUUUUUAUUGCAAGUGGUUCUAUUCUCCUUUCUAAACCGAUGUCAUGAUCACGAACAACCUAGAAACAUAAAUUGGUAUUUUUUUAAAGCUCGUUAUGUAAAUGUAUUAGUGACAUUUAACCAUGUGCUUUAAUUUGACUGCAACCUAAUGUGAAAGACAAACAUUUCUUUGGCCAAAUUAUGUUUUGGAAGAUGAUUUUUUUUCUUUUCUUUUUUUUUCUUUUCUUUUUUUUUUUUUUUUUUUUUAGAAAAAAAAUCUUCCCUGUAUUUUUCAUGAUGAAUUUGGCAGAUAUUGUGAAGGCAAAUGAAUGUAUAUCUUUGUAUAAACCAUUUAGUUCAGAGGACGUGUUAGUUAUGAUAGACACAUGCAAGGAAAAAAAAACCCAACAAGAUAACCUUUUAUAAAUCUUUUUGUAUUAGAACAUUAACAAUGGUAAUUUUUUGUAUAUACGAAGACUAGGCUUUCUGAUUAGCAGAAAGGUAAAACAUUCCUACAUUUUUUUUAAAUGUACGUCUGUCGAGAAUAAUUAUGUAAACAUAUGCGCAAUGUUUUAUGUGCCUUUUAUUUGGGUUUGUCUAAAUAAAAGAAAACAAUAAAACAUGAUUGUGGACUGUCCAUGCUGAGUCCCAGAUUUAAAGGAAA